UAGCCGUGGGCCCUCUCCCAGCCCCCGUCCCUGCCGGCUCCGAGCUGGAGCCAGUGUUUUAUUCCCAGUAGGUUUGCGGCGGGGCGGAGGUUUGCGGCGACUGUAAAGAUGUCCUGUAAAACCCCAAAGCCCGGCGUUUCCAUGGCAAGCGGUUUCCAGGUGCCUGCUGCCCCGCCGCUUCGCUCCAGCUGCGCUGCGUGCGCCCCGGUGUGCUGCACCCAGCCUCCGCACUGCCGGCAGCACCGCUACGCGCUCCCCCGCCCCCCGCAGUAAGCCCAGGACGCCCGGACUCCUUGCCAGCUUUUGUUCUGCUCGUUACAAGGCACGAGCACGGCGUCUGGUGUCCUGGGGACUCGCUACUUGGAGACCAGAAAGGAAGGCGGCUGUUUCUUGCAGCAGCUCGUGCGCUGAGAGUCGAAACUGCUCCAGGUUUGCUGUCCCCGCUGCUUUCGUUUUCCAGCCUGACACACGCUGCGAGACGAAGGGACGCCCAUCAGCCUGAGGGGGAAACGAAAGAGUAGCCCUUUGCAACGGAGCCGGAAAGGCUGCGAUCGGCUGCUUUGCAGCCACACUCAACUGAGCUAGAGAUUUGUUUAAACAAUCAGUGACCUUGACAAAAACAGCAGACGCCGUUUGAAGGGGCCGAUGGGCGCUGAGGGUUGAAAGCUCUCUCAGAUGUUGCUACCAGGUGGGUGAACUUCAAAUGAAUUGGAUUCAAAAUACACUGCUGAUCAUUUCCAUAGAAAUGUCCCAUUAUCGGUUGGUUUCUUUUGGUGCUUUGCUGUGUUUUAAACCACUGGAUUUGAUCGUACCCUCAACCACAUCAAAGGGAGACGGCUGGUAACGAUGGCUUCCUGCUCCACAUCCAGUUGCUGCAGGCAGAGUUGUGCCGUUUUCUUUUCCCAGUUCACUGUAAUUGGAUCUGCUCAACCAAUCACUGCUAUUGUGGGACAGGACAUCGUGUUACCCUGUCACCUGUCCCCCAGAAUGAGCGCGGAGAACAUGGAAGUGAGGUGGUUCCGAAAUUACUUUGACACUUUUGUGCAUCUGUACCCUGAUGGGAGAGAUCAGAAUGGACAACAGAUACCAGAAUAUAGGGGAAGGACAGAGCUGCUGAACAGUGGCAUCAUGAAUGGAAACAUUUCUUUGAAGAUUUUCAAUAUCGAACGUGCUGAUGAAGGUCAAUACCACUGUUUUGUUCAGGAUGAGACUGCUAAUGCUGAAACUGCCUUGCUUCUGAACAUAGCAGUCUUAGGUUCUGUUCCUCUCAUCGCUGUGGAGGAUUACCAAGAGGGAGGGAUCCGCAUCAUUUGCAGAUCAACUGGCUGGUUCCCAGAGCCCAAGGUGGUAUGGAGAGAUCCCAGUGGGCAGCAUUUACCAUCACUUUCUGAUGAAGCAAAAGCUCAAAAAAAUAAUGGCCUGUUUGAAACAGAAACUGCUAUUGUUAUACAAGAACAUGCAAACUCAAACUUGUCCUGUUGGAUAAGAGACAAGUAUCUUAGCCAAGGGAAGGAAUCAACUAUUUAUAUAUCAGAUCCCUUUUUCCCUCGGGUGAAUACCUGGAUGGUGGCUGUGAUUGUGACCCUGGUGGUUUUCUUGGGUCUCUCUGUCUUGACCAUUUAUUUCUUCAAGCUAAGAAGUAACCUUCUGAGACAACUUGGGUGGAGAAGAGAUAUCACCUGUCCAGGGCUGGGCAGAACUGCGGCACCUGUGGAGGAAGUGAAGGUGACUCUGGAUCCAGACACAGCUCAUCCCCAGCUCGUCCUGUCUGAGGAUGGGAGAAGUGUGACACGGACAGAGACAUGGCAGCAGCUGCCUGACAGCGCUCAGAGAUUUGACUCUGAGUGGUGUGUGCUGGGCCGUGAGCGACUCUUCUCUGGGAGACACUGGUGGGAGGUGGAGGUGUUGGGGGGGGGACACUGGGCCGUGGGGGUCGCCAGAGAGUCUGUGAGGAGGAAGGGAUGGAUCUGCUUUGGCCCCGAGGAGGGGAUCUGGGGUGUGCAGCGCUGGGGGGAUGUGUUCCAGCCUCUCACAGGCCCUGAUCGCAGGCCCCUGUCCCUGCCUGUGAUGCCCAGCUGGAUCCGAGUGUAUCUGGACUGUGCAGGGAGGCAGGUUUGGUUUUUUUAUGCUGACACCGAGGCCCCGAUCUUCACCUUCCCGCUGCCGUCGCUCACCGGGGACAGCAUCCGGCCCUUCCUCUCGCUGGAGGAUACAACAGUGCAGGUCACAUUUCACACUGCACCACUGACCCCGCCUUGCACUGCACCAGAGAGGGGCUCUUAGUUGGCUGCUGUACCCUCAGUCUUGCUCAUCUCUAUGACCCUGGAAGACUCCUCUCUUCCUGGAGCGUUUCAGCCCUGCAGCCUGUGCCCCUGGAGGAGCAGGGUCGGGUGCUGCACAGGGAGCAGGAAACAAUUCAGGUAGAAAGACCAGUCUCUAAGCCUUGAGUCUCUGUGACCCAGGGAUAAAACAAGGGAAUGGAGGGACCGUAGGAUGCUGUUGAUCCAGGAGGCUCUUUUGUUGCAGUUCAUCCAUUCAGAGUCCCUAAGUCAUGAGAAGUGCAAAUUUUGUCCUUUUUCCCUAUGUCUGGUUCCUGAACAAUGCCUCCCCUGUGACUGGCUGCCCUCACAUUUAUUUCAUUUGGAUAUUUAAUUUCCUGGGUGUACGUCGUUUGGAGGCACUGACCAAACUCAUUUCCUUCACUGACACAAAUUCAGCAUCACACUCUGGUGAGACGGUGGGCAGUACUGGGUGAUGUGCUGCUGUGGCCAUGUACAACUGGACUGCUGCCGACUUCCCCUUCCAGAUAAUCCACAAAAAAAAAAAAAUUAAAAGAAGUUAAGUUCGUGUCUUCCAGAGUCAUUGAUGUGUACGCACUCAGGGUGGCGCUCUUCUUGUCACUGCAUAAAUUUACCCCUGCAGCAGUAAUAGUAAUGGGUAAUGACAGGCCCAGGCUCAUUCAAGUUCAGAGGUGAACAGCUUCACACCAUGGGUUCUAGGGUUAAAAGUCAGUAGUCUGAACCAGUGUUUUCAACAGGAGCGGCAGUACCACAAGUCUUAGCUGAACUUACUGAAUUCUUUCUAGUCAAAUGAAAGUAAAAGAUAAAAAGUAUGAAGUGUUUCUGGGCUACCAUAGAUAUCGCAGGUUUCUUUCCCUUUUAGUAAGUUGCAGAUUAGAAAUGGCCAACCUAUUUCAGUUUUCAAAUAUUGAAGAAAUAAGGACAAAAUAACCCUGAGAAGAUUGUUGAUGUCUUAAUCCUCCUGCAUUUUAGUGAAAUACAAUAAAGACUGAAAAUUCCUUCUCACCUA